AUUUAUUAACCGUGGUUUGUGAUAUGUACGACUUCAAAUUGUUAUGAAUUGACUGAAUAUCUGCUAGCGGUGCUACGUUUCAUACAGUGAGUCUGUUAUGUUAAAAUAUCUCGAAACCUUCAUUGCAGAGAGCGCUAGAGCGGGGUUGGGUGUAACGUUACUGUUGAGUUAGCUAGCUAACUAGCUGUUAACACUGGCGGCUAGUUAGACAUAGUGGCUCGUCGCUGGAAGGGAGAAGCUUCUCGCGUCUCAUUUAUUUGAGUUAAUACUCGCCAAUGAACUUUAAACGGUGGUUGAUAUUAAGCGUAUGUGUGCUGCUUGUCACAGUUGCCCACUGUAGGCAGUAGUUGUAGCGGCUGUGUUGGCUGCCGAUGUUAGCAUCACAGCUACUGUUGCAUCCACAGUGACUGAUAUUCCGUUAUCUGACAGCUUAAACAUCAGUCAACCAUGCACUUUCGCUGCAAAAGUCGUACGAUAUAUGGUCUAUGCCUUGAGUGACUCUGGAAUCCCAACUGUUUAAGAUGAAAGCACAGAAUAUUUGAUGCCGGAUUUGCACCGAAAUCUGUGGCCAAUCAAUAUCUGAUUUACUGGCAUUAGACAUUGAGUGUCGAAGAACGCUGAUGGACGGGGUGUUGGUGGGGUUAUAGUUUCUGCUACUGUUCUAUCAAGUAUUGUCAACGUUCCAGUUGUAUUUUUACAGCGUCUCAUAUUUUCAUAACUAUUGCCAUAACAUUGAUAGCAUCAAAAUACAACAUGUAACCAAUGUUAAAAAAAAAAAAGAAAAAAAAAAACUGCAGUAGUCACAGCUGGCAGUCCUAAUUAGGUCAUUAUGGGGUAACACCUGUACAUGGUCACUUUACCACAGAAUAAACCAGAUAUGGUUGAGCUACUUAUAAACCUUUUGACGAUAUAUUUAGCUUGCUUCAUACUGUUUGGGUUCUAACGCAUGUUAGAAUGAAUGUCUUCAUUAAAGUUUGGUUAGUCUGAUUUAUCAGAAAAUUGAAAAAUGAAUGCUGUUUUUUUUUGUUUUUGUUUUUUUUUUUCAUUCCUACAAUCUUAAACACUUAAAACAGCAUUCAUUUUUAUAGAUCUUUACCUCCAGUUCGGGUACCUAAUCUGGUUUGUUGGUCCCUGAACAGUCCCCAGGGAGUGGUAGCAUUAUUCAUCAGUCAUGGUCAGUAGUUUAUAGCUCACGGAGGGAGUUCCUUACAUUCACACAAAUACUGUGCACUGUCGUCAUGUGGUAAAAUGUGAUUAUAUGGUAUAGUGGACCUUUUUUUCGAGAUGUUGUUGGCAAUCUGUAAUGGACACAAAACUCGUUUGACAGAUGCAGUCUGCUGAACACAUCAUAGGCUCCUGUCCCCUGAUUACACAGGGAAAGCCCUUUAUAAGCAAACUCCUUACUUAUGUAAAUACCUUUUCAACAAAGCCCUGCAGCAAAAUGUCACUGAAAUUUUGCUUUGUAGUUGAUUAUUUCUGGGUCUCAUCUUGAGUGAAUUUUAUUAUUUCUUGAGGCAUUCUCCUCACAUGCAUUCCUUUGACUUAAACAGCGGUUUGUUUCCUAAAGUGCAGCUGGUUUUCUGUCUCAGCAGCUCAUUAACUACAGUAAAGUGUUAUUUAUGUGUGACCUAAUCAUGCUAGUCCUUUUAACAGUGAAGAAUGUCUGGAGUUGCUGUCGGUUAUUGGUCAUUGGUCUCAUUUGCACUCUCAGCAGUGUGCAAAUCCAGCUAUUUAUUUGUGGCACUUUUGCAUGAUAGAUAUUAUUCUCCAAGAUUAUAUUAUUCUUUGUAGUUUAUAACCGUUGGUUACCUCAACCAAAGUCUGCUAUAUUAGCUUAAAAAUGGAUUGUUUGGUACGUGCACAUCAACUGACAAGUUUUAACAAUAACUAGCUGCAUCAGCUGUUAACUCUAAAUAUAUUUAAAAAACGUGACCGUGUAGGAUCGCUUUCUUUAGCUACCUCUUGGAUUAAGUACAUGUUUGGUUUGUUAAAUGUGUUAAUACUGUGCAUGGGUGCUGUCAGAGUACAUCAUUGGGCUUCUAUGUUACAUCCACACUAUCCAACAGGAAUGUGGUCUGUAUUGCCAGGCAUUGCAGCGCCUUGAGAGGAAUUUGGCCUGUGUAUUAGAAGGGUUAGCAGCUUGUUAACCAUCGCCACACAUAAUCGCUGUAAUUAUCAUAAGCUAAAUUCUAAAAGCUGCAUUAUUAUUUCGUGACAGUCCUAAUACCUUUGUGAACAAAACACGUUUUGACUACUGUUGUCACCUCUUGCUACUGAUUCUUUUUACUCUCUCUGUCCUCAAGGUCAGACAAACACAGAAUGUGGUUGACAUCAGAUAUCAAUAUUUGGAGUAUUGCCUAACAUGCAUACCAUUGUGCUUUCAUUUCUUAAGAAAGCUUAGUUUCUGUAAAAUAUUUUCUGGCAGCAGUAUCUUGCAGAGGACACACAAUCUACUUUUAUCCUUUGAACAUCUGGUUAGUCCAUUCUUAAACAUUUAUCUGUAAAUAGGUAAUUCUGAUAGCAUGAAUUGAAUUUUGUAAAUAAUAAAAAAAAGUCCAGGUUUUUACAUUUCUUUGUCAUUAAACAACACCGGGUUUGCAGAGCAAAAUACAAGUUGUAGGCCCUUCAUGCUGCGCAUUUAGGCUCAUUUACUUAAGACAAAUCUUAACUGACUCAUGAUGGCCUCCCAGGGAAAAACGGUAUGUUGCUCACAGACAUGAUCAUAACUCUGGAUUAGGGGUCCCUGUCAGAGGGGGCCAUUUGGUGUGACCCAUGAUGCUGUCUGGGAGGUCUGAUGACCAGCCAACUGAUCCUCCCUAGGAGAUGCAACUGUAGCAGAGGUGGACACUUCAUCUGUGCAUCCACCUUUACUGUGCAUCUGCUGGGGAGAUGGACAGGCUUACACAAACACACUGACAUGCAGGCACAGGGAGUGUGGUUUUCCACAAUCCCACCUAGUUGGAGUCAGAUGCAGUCAGGGAAGGACAGCGUCUGGUCACGUACACUCACAGCGUUGCAAGACACGAGGACAGAAAGAAAGAUCAGUUAAGCAGACAGGUUUAUUGAGAGAUGGACAGAUGGACAUGUAACAAGGAGAACAUCAACAGAAGGACCAGCAUUUUCAUCAGCCCUUCCUCCAGCUCAUGGAAGAGACGUCGCCUGUCAGGUCAGUGCCAAUCCACUGACCGAUGCCACUCCUGAGGGAUUGUGAAAUCUUCUGUCAUCUAUCCAGCCAUCCCUGCACUCUGGACCGAUUAAAGGACAAGACCUGCAAUUAUCCUGUCAGGUGGUCACCGUUCAUGUGUCCAUCCAACCAUCUAACUAUCCAAGAGGACUUAAAAACAUAUUCUGUUCUGUCAUCGAUUCAAAUCAAGUGUCAAACUGAAGGUUUUUUUUUCUCACCAAUACAGUUAUGUAACUAUUCAGAGAGAUGGCAAAAUCUGCUGUCUUUCAUUCUCAUUGUCCACCCGUGUUACAAACCAGAAACGACUCAUAGAUGUCUGGUGAUCAUUUUUUUCAUCGACCUGUUCCUCCUGACUUGAGACAUCAUUGCUGCCCUUCUUGCUAUCAUUCCUUCGUCAUGCUGCCUAAGAAAGUCCCUCUGUAUCCAGCAGAGGACGAGCUGGUGAGUCUGUCCACUGUCUAUGACCUCUUGGAUGAACAACAGCACUACUACAAGGAGCUCAUACAGCAGCAGGAGAGGAACUACCGAGCCUUCCUACAGAUGCUUAUGGACACAUCGUCCAGCCGCAUGGACAGCCUGGUCAGGGAGAUGCAGGAUCUGAGGAACUGUCUGCAAAGAGCCAAGGCUGAGCUGGCUGAGGUUAAAAAACAGGGCAUCCAGAACAACAAGCGGGCCGAAUGCCUGGCUGAAGGCUUGGUGAUGGUGCGGGGGGCGCUGGAUGGCCUCAGCAUCAAAUCAGGAACAUUUGGGGGAGGUGCAGGAGGAAAAGGCAUGGACAUGAAGCAGCGCAGAGGAGGUGGUGGGUUAAGGCUGGAUGGCGGAGGAAGAGGAAGUGGAGAGGCCAAAAAAACGCCACCGAAAGCAGUGAAGUUGGUGGCAGACCUCACAGAUAUCCACUUUGAUGACAUAAAGGUUGUACACAGUUGGACACAUGGUGAAAUGUAUGGAUUAGCUAGAGCUUUUAGCAUCAUUAGAUGUUGACUCUCUCUGACUUGUGAUUGUUGCACAAGUGUGAAGGCCGUUGCUGAUAAGUUGUUGGCAAAGUUUGUUUUUUCUAUUUUUAUGCGUGAAAUGAUAAAUUGCCUCAGACGUGGGUUAGGGUUAGUCCUAACUUUACCUGAAGGACUACGCUAAUUUGGUAUACAAGAGUGAUCUCAUUUUUGUCUUCUCAUUUUCUUCCCCUUCUCUUGUUUUUGUU